AUGAGCCUCGCAUGUGGUACCGACAUCAAAAAGCCGCUGGGCCCGGAGGACCCGGACGUAGCGGCGUCGCUCAACAACAUGGCGAUCCUGCCGGCCAGCCAGGCCAGUGCGCAAAUGUGCUGCAGCUGUACGAUCGCGCCCUGCGCAUCGGGGCAGGGGGCGGAGCACCCGGAUUUGGUGACCACGCUGAAGCACACUGCGGGCCUGCUGGAGAAGCAGGGCGAGUACGCGAAGCCGCUGCCGCUUUUUGAGCGCGCCCUGCGCGUCAGGGAGGGGGCGCUAGGGCCGGAGCACCCGCGUGUGGCAUCAUCGCUGAACAGCAUGUCGGGGUUGCUAGAAAACCAGGGUGAGUCUGCAAAGGCGAUGUCGCUGUACGUGCGCGCCCUCCACAUGGAGAAGGCGCUGAGGCCCGGAUCACCCGGACCUGGAGGGUAA